AUGACCACGAAACCUGUGCCUGUAUACGUCGUAUUGCCCACGUCUACACUCAUCCACUCACCUUCACGCGACCAUGGCAUUGCUCUCAAUACAGAAAAAUUACAUCGUUCAUUUGGGUGUGAAUUGAUACAAGAAGCUGGGAUUCUAUUGCGUUUACCUCAAGUUGUCAUGGCUACAGCUCAAACACUUUUACAUCGUUUCUAUUAUCGGAAAUCUCUGCAUGAAUUUGAUGCGUUUCGUGUCGCUCUGAGCUGUUUAUUUCUUGCUGCUAAGGUCGAAGAAAAGCCCAAACGAAUUCAUGAGGUUAUUGGAGUCUUUUACGCCAUGUUUCGACGUCGGAAAUGGAAAAAUACGACAGUGACACAAAAACUCAUGGACUUGAACGGUCCGACGUUCAGUCAAUGGCGUAUGUGGCUCAUUAUGGUUGAACGUCAAGUACUUAUUGACUUGGGCUUUAGUGUCUAUAACGUAACGGAACAUCCACAUAAAUAUGUACUGUACUAUGUCAAAGUAUUGAAUGGCAGCUCACAACUUGCACAACAAGCCUGGGGAUACAUUAACGACAGUCUACGGACCGAUCUCUGUGUGAGAUUUAAAGCUCAAGUUAUUGCUUGUGCUGCUAUUUUCUUAGCCAGUAGAUUCCAAGAAGUGGCACUGCCCGAAGAUCCGCCAUGGUACGCGUUAUUUGACGUGGAAAAGACACAGCUGUAUGCUGUGAGUAUGGUGAUCAUGGAACUGUACAAGCAAGAGAAGUUAGAGUGGCUGGAACCGCUUACGGAGGCAAAUCCAUUUGCAGUGGAUGAUUGCCCUGUUGAAAAAGAGGUAUCGGGUCAAGAAGAGGAGUCUGUCGCUGUUGACAACAAGGCCGAGACGGGUCUUUUGCCGCAGGAAUUGUCAACCAUUGCAAGCACAGAUGCAUCAGUGUCUGCAACAAAUAAGAACUUGCAAGAGGUAAAGGUUGCCUCAGCAAAAUCUUCUAAGCGACACAGUCGCUGGGACAAUGGACUCGUCAAAUCUCACCGCGACCGCAACCGAAGUCCAAGACGUUCUCGCAGCAGAUCUGACGAGCGUAGGCGUGAAAAGAUUAGUGGCACGCAUAGCUACCGACGACGUAGCCGUAGCCGGUCAACAGACCAAUCAAGGAGCCAUCGAAUUCAAAGACGCCGUAGUCGAAGCUACAGCCGCAGUCGUAGUAGAAGUUCGGGUCGUUACAGACGUGGGGCUCGAUCGUGA